UCACAAUAUUCCUCCUUUGCAAUUCUUUUGCUAACAACUGGGCGACCAGCCCUCCUCUCUUCCCUGUCACGAUUUUCUCCUCGCUUGACUCGCUCUUUUCCUUCGCCUUUUGUCUGGCUCAGCCAGUGCCAGAGGGAGACAGUUAACAGAGAAAAAACGAAACAAGGCCGACGACCGAGCUUGACUAGGAACACAGCCGAAAGCGAAAAAAUAGCGGAGCCACCUCCCCCCUCUGUUCAGCACAGUUCAAGAACAGCCCAAUCCAUUGCUCUGUCUCCUUAGCAGGACCUUCCUUGAGAAGGAUUUGCGCUGCUGAUGCUGCGUUACUGAAAAUCUCUAACACAUAGCCUACAGAACAUACAAAGCACGCGGUCUCGUGUUGGUGGCCUAUAGGAUAAAGAACAGACAGAAAAUACUAUUCGAUUGCCUGCAACCCGCGUUUGUAAGAUGACCCGGCAUUUCAAUUGUCUGGAUACUGCGGCUUGCAUCCUGCCGCACGCUUCCUCUCACUUCUAGCUCAGCAUCCAUAUUUUUCGCAUCUCCGUGUGUGGCUGUAGGGAGUGGCAGGCUACUGAUAAAUUGCUAACGUUAGGAUUACUUUUGCUGUGUCUGCUACGGAACGUCAGAGUUUCUCCACGACUACAGGAUAUAUUUGGUUAUCUCGGAUAUUUAAGGUGAAAUGGGAGGGGAAGUUAAACAUUCUAACGCCUAACACUUACACCAGUGCUCCCCAAAAGCCAGGGAACUUCAGUGUACGUGUCUGCGCAGAAAGUUAUGAAUAUGCUGAAGCCGAGUGGACUAAAGAUUCCGGGAAGAGGCCCAAAACACUCCAGUCCUGUGGGAAGAUCUUCUGCUGGGUCAUCUUCUGGCACGACAACACAGAAAGACAGCCCUCCAAACAAACAGACCACCCCGACGCCUAGCAAUGCUUCGGACAAGUCGAGCUCCAAGGUGUCCGAGGUUGGAGACGAUGUCUUGGGAGACUUUGUGGUCGGCGAGCGAGUGUGGGUGAAUGGUGUGAAGCCGGGGUGCAUCCACUACCUGGGGGAGACUCAGUUUGCCCCAGGACAGUGGGCAGGGGUAGUGCUGAACGAGCUCGUGGGCAAGAAUGACGGCUCUGUGGGGGGUGUGCGCUAUUUUGAGUGCCAGGCCCUUCAGGGCAUUUUCACCCGGCCCUCCAAGCUCACCCGACAGCCAGUCGGGGACGGGAGCGACGCCCAGUCCACCGAAUCGCUCACGACCCAGAACCUGACGCUCCUCGGAAGCUCCGCCCCCUCCGCCCAGCGCGUGGUGAUGCCCCUGCGGGAGGGCAUGCUCAACAGCUCGGUGAAGACGGGUAACGAGUCCGGCUCCAACAUGUCCGACAGUGGCUCUGUCAAGAAAGGAGGGGAUAAGGACCUCAGAGUUGGAGACAGGGUGCUGGUUGGCGGCACUAAAACAGGUGUGGUACGAUACGUUGGAGAGACGGAUUUCGCCAAGGGGGAGUGGUGUGGCGUUGAGCUGGACGAGCCAUUGGGAAAGAACGAUGGAGCGGUGGCCGGUACCAGAUACUUCCAGUGCCCGCCCAAGUUCGGCCUCUUCGCCCCCAUCCACAAGGUCAUCCGCAUCGGCUUCCCCUCCACCAGCCCCGCCAAGGCCAAGAAGAGCAAGCGCAUGGCCAUGGGCGUGUCCUCGCUGGCCCACAGCCCCAGCAGCUCCUCCAUCAGCUCCGUCAGCUCCGUGGCGUCCUCGGUGGGCGGGCGGCCCAGCCGCACCGGACUGCUGACAGAGACGUCGUCGCGGUACGCCCGCAAGAUCUCGGGCACCACGGCGCUGCAGGAGGCGCUGAAGGAGAAGCAGCAGCACAUCGAGCAGCUGCUGGCCGAGAGGGACCUGGAGCGGGCCGAGGUGGCCAAAGCCACCAGCCACAUCUGUGAGGUGGAGAAGGAACUGAGCGUGCUCAAAGCCCAGCAUGCGCAGUAUGCAACAGAGACUGAGAACAACCUGCAGCAAGUGCGAACUCUAUUGGCUAGCACACAGAAGGACAAAUUUGAACUGACCAAUCAGCUUGAGGAGGAGAAAAGGAAAGUGGAGGAUCUUCAGUUUAGAGUGGAGGAGGAGUCCAUCACCAAAGGAGACUUGGAGACUCAGACGAAAUUGGAACAUGCUCGUAUUCGGCAGCUCGAACAGAGCCUGUGGUUAGAAAAGACGAAAGCGGAAAAUCUUCUGAGAGAAUUAGAGGAAAAGAGGGGUGGAACCAAACAUGGUGCACUACCCCUGAGGUUGGGUAAGAGAAAGCAGCAAACCACAGAGGAAGAGAAGAGCCGGGUGUUGCAGCUGGAAGAGGAGCUGGCGCUGCGCAAGGCUGAGAUCGAAGAGCUGCAGGUCAGGCUGAAGAGCCCCAAUGUGUCUGAGCUGGGAGAGCCAGGGCCCGGGCUGCACAGCGAGGCCUUCCUCCUGAGGGAGCAGCUCCUGACGGCCGGCCGCGAGCACCACCGGGAGAGCAGUCAGCUGCGGGAGAAGCAUGGGGCUGAGCUGAGCACCGCGAAGCGUGACGCGGAGCGGCUGCAGGCCUCCGUCAGCAAGCAGGCCCGCCAGAUCAGUGAACUGAAGCAGAGGCUGCAGCAGGCCACGCGCGAAAACAUGGAGAUGAUGGACAGCUGGAAGUCCAAGCUGGACACCCUUGUGCAUGAUCACCAGCGGUCCCUGGAAGACCUGAAGGCCUCCCUGACCACGGACGGCACCAAGGACGGCCAGGACAAGGACCUGGUAGAGCUGCGGACAGCACUGGAGAGCCUCAAGCUGGAGCACCAGCUGGAAGUGGAGAACCUGAAGGCCAAACAUGAGAUCGAGGCAGCGGUCCUGGCCAAGGAAAAAGAGGACCAGCGGUCCAGGCUGCAGCAGGCCCAGGAGGAGCUAGAGGAGAGCGUGGAGAGCUGGAAGAGGCAGGCAGAGCUCAAGGCCUCCCAGCACGCCCUGGAGCUGAAGGAAGCUAACGACAAGCUGCAGAAGGCCGAGCUCAGACUCUGCGACCUGGAGAAGCUCCAGGAGGAGUACAAGGAGCAGGCCCAAGCCAAAGAGCUCCUGGUAGAGAAGCUGUCACUGGCCGAGAAGAAAAUGGUGGACUACGAGGCCCUGCAGAAGGCAGAGGCAGCGAGCCGAACUGAGAUCAGCAGCCUUCAGGAAAAGCUGAGGGUGACUGAAAACCGUCUGCAGGCCAUGGACUCUGACAACACACCUCAGGAUGCCAAUAUGAUAGAAAACAAUGACAUCUCUGAUGAGAAGAUGAAUUUAAAGCAGACUGUAGAAGAGACCACGGAGAAACUAACAAAGAGGGAAAAAGAAGUGUCCACAUUGUCAUCACAAAUUGAUGCCCUCAAAUCACAAAUCUCGGCCCUAGAGAGUAAGGUUCGCUCCGGGGAGAAGAAAGCUGAUGCACUCCACCGGGAGAAGAUGCGCCUGGAGGCCGAGCUGGAGUCCAUGACCAAGAAAUCCCAUGAUGCCUCAGGGCAACUGGUUCUUAUUAGCCAAGAGCUUCUUAAGAAGGAAAAGAGCCUGAAUGAGCUGAGGGUGUUGCUGCUGGACUCACCCCGACACUCCCCGGGCCUGGACAGGGACCUGAGCCGGGAGGUACACAAAGCCGAGUGGAGAGUGAAGGAGCAGAAGCUACAGGACGACAUCAAGACCCUGCGGGAGAAGCUGCUGCUGCUGGGCCGGGAGAGGUCCUCCCCGGACCACCGCAGGUACUCCAUGAUGGACCCGGCGGCCUCUGAAAUGGAGGUAGCCAGGCUGAAGCAGAGGCUGCUGAACACGGAGGAUGCUCUGAGGAACGCUCUGGAGCACAACCAGCACGUGGACCAGCUGGUGCAGGCCAUGCGCACCAAUCCCGACAAGACUCAGGCACCCGGGAGUGCAAAUUCAGCCAAUGGGAUUCAUGAGCAGGACAAGCCUUUUACACAAGAAGAAAAACACUGAUGAAGGAAAGCAGCAGACCAUGUUGGUGGCUUUGGGAAUUUGUGAAGGUGAAUUGUCAAUUGGGAGAGGAUGGUCUCAUGUUUAGACAUUGGGGAGUGGUACUGAAGUUUCAACGGACACUUGAAGACAUUUUACGUUUACAGUUAUUACCAAAACCAUGGCUUGAUGUUUCACAGACAAAUAAGAUCUGUGACUGAAACAGCUCAUGACAGAUAAUCAGACCCCCCUUAAAUACCCACUAAUCAUACACGGAGGUGAUAAAUUCAUGGUACGAUGACUUGCUACUUUUAGCAACCUUUCCAGACUACCUCCAACAAUUAGAAGACGACUGGAACCACACAAUGUCACUAAACUGGAAGACCCUGGAUUCUCUUUUAGAAGAUUUAAUUGAAACCUUCUGAUGAUUUACUGACUGCCUUCUGUAGACUCUUGAAAUUUUGAUACCGGUUGAAGUUAGUCCAGAUUUUAGGCUGAAUUGAAACUUUUUUUUAUUUAUUUGCUGUGCUGCCACCCUGUUUCUGAUUGGCCAAUGGCAAGCACAUGUAGACUUUUGAACAACCGGCUAAACCUCAUCUGCUUUAUAGGACCUGCUUCAUUUUCCCCCAGCGUGUUAUGUACAUGUGAAUAAAAAUGAAAAGGCUACCAUAAUUCCAUUGGGGCCUGUUUUGUGAGUAUUUGAAUAUAUAUUCUUUGGACCUGUGCAUUAUACAAUAUUUAAUCCUACCGAGCAAAUCCAACUGAAUUGGUGCAGUAGCACUUAAUAGCUUUUAGCGUAAUGACUUGCUAACUGCUGUUAACUGAACUGUAUGGAAUUGCACCAUGGCUAUGCUUGACUUGACAUUGGUAAACUACACCACUUCAUGUUUUUAAAGCUUAGAAACUGAAUGAAUGGAUUGGGAAGAUAACUUUAUUUAAAUGCCAGUAUUAGGAUUUGUUAUAAAGGCUUUGAAAAUUGUUACCUGUCUUCUUAGACAGACUCUACGAUACCUUAUGGAAAUCUGUCAGGGUCAAUGGGAUAGAGCUACUUUGGCCUUCAAUUCAACUCCUGUAUUGCUUGAAAUAAAACCAGAAGUUCAGCAGGCCACUUCCUGAGGUGGAGAAUCCAGAUUUCAUUUUCAACAGUGAAAGUCAUACUGUUUGUUAUAAACUAUGUCUUCCAUUUUUUUAUUUAUCUCCAUUUAAAAAGUCUCCAUUUUAGGCCAUUACAGUAUUUACUGGAGAUAUCGUAGUACAAUGGGAAACUUGAAAUAGAAAAGGCUAAAAAUGCCCAUAUUUUCUCAGUUGUCCAGAACCUGUUCUUGAUCUUUUUUGUGAAAAACAAGUGUCAGUUUAUAUAAGCAUGCCUCGUCAGUGGUCUGCUGCAUUUUGCUUAAAUCUUAAGUUGGUAACAUAGCCUUUCUACCUUAGUGUACUUUUAUUUUACCAAUCACAUGGACAUUCUAACUUAACAAAAAAGUCAAUGGAGUGUUAAGUCUAAAAUGUUGUCUUCUAAAUUAUUUUUUGUAAUCAGAGCUUGGUUAUAUUAUGAAGUACACAAUGGUUAUGCUAGCACACUGGCUUUAAAAAUGGCAUACACUUGUUAAUCAAAGUCAAAAACAGGUUUCAAGACCAUCAUCAGUAUAGAAUAAAAUGAAUAAACCUACCUUUGAGUUCCCAGUCCUCCACAGGCAUAUUCAAUAUUUUCUGAAUCUUUAUAGACAUGAACAAGAAAAAUUGCCCCCAAAGAAGUAGGAAGUCUAGGACCUUUCAGUGAUACACAGUAAGGGUACAUCAGAUAGGCUUGCCCCCAGUCAGCACUGGUGAAUUUACGCCUUGUCUUUGUCAUUAAACACAAUAUUUCUCAACUGUAACCCUCUACAUACCCUGUGGUUCUGUAACUCCAUGGUUUUUGAGACUCUUGGUCAUUAAAUAUUAACAAUGUGGACAACA